AUGAAGAAAAUUUGUCAAGUUAUAGGGAAGUAUAAUUAUGUUACCAUGGACACCAAGUUUCCAGGUGUGGUUGCAAGACCCAUUGGAGAAUUCAGAAGUAAUGCUGACUAUCAGUACCAACUAUUGAGAUGUAAUGUAGACUUGCUAAAGAUAAUUCAGCUUGGGUUAACAUUUAUGAAUGAGCAAGGAGAAUACCCUCCAGGAACUUCAACAUGGCAGUUCAAUUUCAAGUUUAAUUUAACAGAAGACAUGUGUGCCCAGGACACCAUAGAGCUCCUGACAACCUCAGGAAUCCAGUUUAAAAAACACGAGGAAGAAGAGAUUGAAACACAAUACUUUGCAGAACUUCUCAUGACAUCAGGUGUCAUGUUGUGUGAGGGAGUCAAGUGGCUUUCAUUUCACAGUGGUUAUGACUUUGGCUAUUUAAUCAAAAUCCUGACCAACUCUCAUUUGCCUGAAGAAGAGCUGGACUUUUUUGAGAUCAUCCAAUUGUUCUUUCCAGUCAUCUAUGAUGUUAAGUAUCUCAUGAAGAGCUGCAAAAACCUCAAAGGUGGCUUACAAGAAGUGGCUGAGCAGCUGGAGUUGGAGUGGAUAGGACCACAGCACCAGGCAGGAUCCAAUUCAUUACUGACAGGAAUGGCCUUUUUCAAAAUGAGAGAAAUUUUCUUUGAAGAUCACAUUGAUGAUGCCAAAUAUUGUGGGUACUUGUACGGCCUUGGUUCAGGCUCCUCUUAUGUGCAGAAUGGGGAAUGCAUAUGAAGAGGAAGCCAGCAAGCAGUCAUGACAUGAAAUGGAUGGACAACAGGCCUUGCUGUUUGGAGCUACACAUGUGCUUGUGUAUAGGUUUUAUCUCCAGUUAAAUUCCUUGGACAGUAGACAAUAAGGCUUUUUCUUUUUUUUUAUCCUGCCGUCUCAAACCAUUUUCUCUUUAGUCUUUCAGUACUAAUUAUGACCAUUCCUUCCACAGAUCCUGAUAAGUAGAAGAGUCUUCAGGUUGAAUUUGGCUGUAUAAUUAAUCCAUCUGUUAGCAAGCAUGUGUGGCCAAGGGGAACAUCCGUAUCAAACUCAAUCUUUUGGUAAA